AUGGACGAUAAAAAGGCGACAGUAGUGCAGGAGCUCCAUAGACCUGCUCGCAGGAAUUAUGCUCGUCGACGUGUUGAAGUCCGCGGGGUGGAUGAGACAUGGCAGGCAGAUCUUGUGGACAUGAGUGCCUAUGGUCGUGAGAAUGGAGGUUACAAAUACCGCCUAACAGUUAUCGAUGUCUUCUCGAAAUAUGCCUGGGCUGUGCCGACCAAGCCGAAGAAUGGGAAGGAUGUGAGCAGUGCUAUGGCCUCCAUACUUGAACAGGGUCGUGUACCACAGAAGCUGCAUGUGGACAGAGGCAAAGAGUUUCACAAUGGCGAAUUCAAAAAGCUGAUGCAAGAUUAUGAGAUUACCAUGUACUCAACCUUUAGUAAUCUCAAAGCAUCAAUCUCUUAG